CAAUGUCAGGCGAUCUCCGGCGAGCUCCCGCGGCCUACGGCGGCCCCAUCGGCGGCCCUCGAUGGUCCAUCAGCAGUCUGCUGCGCGCAGGCGAAUGAGGCUGCUGGUUCUGGCAAGGAGGACGGGCACGAUCGAGCACCCGAGCGGAAUGCGUUUCCGACCCUGGACCUGGGACCCCAGGACCCAGAACAGAGAGCCACAGACAGCAGCAAGACACAGACACAAAACCGCACGACCACAACAAAAAAUGCAGGCGAGGCCAGGACAACCGAGGCCCUCGCUGACCGAAGGAGACCCUUCCUUGCCCGGCGACCCCGCCGCGCGACUCGUUAUGAACACAAAAUAGCUGCCUCAAAUGACAAUACCGAAAAACAGUCCACCUCUUGGGAGCAGAGCGAGCUGGGACACUAAUUGAAACAACAACACCUGGAAUCAGUCCGCCUCGUCGGAGCAGGGCGAGCUGGGACACCGGCGGCUCAGAGGCGGUCCCCGGUGCCCUCCCGGGGCCCGAACGCACCAGUCUCCCGAGCUGCGUCCAGCCGUGGCGACGGCAUGCCCCCCCCCCCGAAGGCCACCUGCCGCUGCCUCGGCCCGCCCCUGGUCCUAGGGCGACGAGAUCUAUACAUGCCCACCACUCCCUGGCCAGGUGUCGAUCUCGUUGCCCUACCUCCGACCUGCCCGAGCGCAGGCGGCGGCCGGGCGACUGCCGAGAGCGGGGGGGCCAGAGGCUGGCCGCCGCGCCGCACC